AUGGGAAACGAGCGAACGAUUACACCCGAAGAAAUCGCCAAGCAUAACUCUCCAGGAGAUUUGUGGAUUGUCAUCGAAUCGGAUGUCUAUGAUUUGUCUCGCUUCGCCAACAUCCAUCCCGGAGGAAAAGCUGUUUUGUUCGACUCGGCGAUCGCUGGUCAAGAUGCUACAGAGGCAUUCUUCUCAGUGCACCGCUCGGAUGUUCUCGAAAAACCCCAGUAUGCAAGGCUAAAGAUAGGAACACUGCUCGGGAAGUCUCGGACGACAGAGGUCGACAAAUCGGAUAUGCUCAGCCAGGUGCCUUAUGCGGAACCUACCUGGUUAUUGCCAGAAUUCAAGAGCCCUUACUAUAAAAAGACCCAUAGGGAACUGCAACGUCGCAUGCGUGUGCUUGUUGAUGAAGUUCUCUUUCCGGAUGGGCAGCUAAAAGAAGCGGAUGGGAAGCGGGCAAGUCAGCAGGUUCUUGACGAAAUGACUCGUCUCAACGUACACGCCAUGAGGUUGGGUCCAGGAAAACAUCUCAAGGGCCUCACACUCAUGGAAGGAGCUGUUAAACCAGAGGAGUUUGAUUACUUUCACGAACUCGUAAUCACUCAAGAGCUUGUAAGAGUCGGCACCCGAGGCUACGGUGAUGCGCUGUUGUCAGGAAUGGUCAUUGGCUUGCCUGCAGUGCUUAACUUUGGCUCCGAUGCUAUCAAGAAACACAUCGUGCCGGACAUUCUGGCAGCAAAGAAGGUUAUAUGCUUAGCCAUUAGCGAGCCUUUUGCUGGUAGUGAUGUCUCAGGUAUGAGAACAACGGCGGUAAAGAGUGAAGAUGGGAAGGAGUGGAUCAUCAAUGGCACCAAGAAAUGGAUUACCAACGGAACGUUUGCCGACUACUUCGUUGUUGGUACUCGCACUGAUGGUGGGUUUACCGUCAUUCUCGUUCCUCGAGUGGAAGGCGUCGAAACCAAACCCAUCAAAACUUCGUAUUCGGCUUCUGCCGGUACCGCAUAUGUGACUUUUGACAAAGUGCGUGUACCGAUCGAAAACACAUUGGGUGAAGAAGACGGAGGCCUAUAUGUCCUCUUGAGCAAUUUCAAUCAUGAGCGAUGGGUCCUAUGCUGCCUCAGUGCCCGGGCCCAGAGGUUAAUUACUGAGGAAUGCUUUACAUGGGCUUAUCAGAGAAAGGCUUUCGGAAAGCGACUCGUGGACCAGCCAGUGGUUAGGCACAAACUAGCUGCCAUGAUAGCACGGUGUGAAAGCGUUCAAAAUUGGCUCGAAAACGUCACCCACCAAAUGUGUUCCAUGUCAUACCACGUCCAAGCCGACAAACUUGCUGGGCAAAUGGGUUUCUUGAAAAUGUAUUGUACUCAGACAGCACAGAAGACUGCAGCGGAUGCUGUCCAGUUGUUCGGAGGGCGAGGCAUAACUCAGUCCGGAAUGGGAAGAUUCAUAGAGCACGCUUACCGAACAAUCGCAUUCGACAGUAUACUGGGAGGAACCGAAGACGUUAUGGGUGAUCUUGGAGUCCGACAAGCCAUGCGUGGCCUGCCCGAGAACGCGAGACUUUGA